CUCUCUCUCUCUCUCUCUCAGAGACACACCCCCAUAUUCUUCUCUUUGAUUCCUAGCUGCUGCUUCUUCUCCUUCUUUCAUGGCAAAUACCAACCAAACUACUGAACCGCAACCAUCCUUAAAUGAAAUGAAACUUUCAAUCCCAACCAUGCAUGGAGUGGAGGAGGUGGAGGUGGAGGUUUUUGACUACUCUAAAAGAGCACAGUGGCUUAGAGCCGCCGUGUUGGGCGCCAACGAUGGUCUUCUCUCAACGGCAUCACUUAUGAUGGGAGUUGGGGCGGUCCGGGAUGAUGUAAAGACCAUGAUCCUCACCGGGAUUGCCGGGUUGGUGGCCGGAGCUUGUAGUAUGGCCAUCGGAGAGUUUGUGUCCGUGUACUCGCAGUAUGACAUAGAAAUGGCUCAAAUGAAGAGAGAGAACAAUAUUAUGAGUAGAAAUGCCUUGGAGGACAAGAAAAGGGGCUUGCCGGACCCUCUCCGGGCGGCAGCCGCGUCCUCCUUGUCGUUCGCGGUGGGGGCGGUGGUGCCACUGCUUGCGGCGGCGUUCGUGAAGGACUAUAAGCUGAGGUUGGGGUUGGUGGUAGGGAACGUGAGUUUUGCACUGUUAGGGUUUGGAGGGUUGGGUGCAGUGAUGGGAGGGUCACCUGUGGUGAAGUCGUCAUUGAGGGUUUUGGUUGGGGGUUGGCUUGCAAUGGGUCUCACUUUUGGCUUAACCAAAUUGGUUGGUUCUACUGGAAUGUGACUGUAUUAUUGGUAACAUAUUUGUGAUCAUGUGUUAGGGUUUUAUUUUAUUUUUUUCUUUUUGUGGGUAUUUCUGUAAUUUUCUUUUUGUCGUACUUUGAUCCCUUUUUUAUUUUUUAUUUUCAUUAUGAGCUUUGGAGAUGCCAAAAAAAGUUAUUGAAAUUAAACAAGAUUACGUUAAUUUUGCUUUUUUAUUAA